AUGAGUAACUCGAAAAAGACGCCAGUUAUUCCUUUAAACAAGCCGGAUCUAUGCAUUACAGGACAGGUGCCGAGUAACCAUAGUGCUCCUAUUCUGAAUGUGCAAACACAGGACUUUAUCUCAAGCCAUACUGGUUCUGAGCAUGGUAUUUCUGGCAGCCAUGACUGUGUUGCAUCUCUGGACGCCUUACCUAGGAACUCGCCUCUAGUUGGUCUUAUCCGCUCUAGAUCUGAAAGUGGAGUUAGUUCAACCAGAAAAUGGCCGCAUCCUCAUGGCCCAAGACUUCUUGGAAAAGAGUAUGUUCGUGGCAGUGGUAGCUUCUUGCGUCGGACAAGCAGCUUUGGUGGUGGUCCACCUGUUGUACGAACAAGACGGCCAGUGCCUGUAGCAUCAUUACCACUCAUAGCUAAUGUAGCAUCAGCCCAUGACACUGGGUACUUGCGGUGGAUCAUUCUAUUCCUAUCUUGCUUUCUACUUUUUGGAAACUUUUAUGCAUAUGACAAUCCAGCCGCCUUGAAUCGACUUUUGCAACAAUUUCUUGGACACGAUUACGAUACUUGGCAGUAUGAGCUCAAUCUUUUGUACUCUGUCUAUUCAUUUCCCAACAUGUUUCUUCCCUUUAUUGGUGGUCAACUAGCCGAUCGCUUUGAUCCAAGAGUUGUUCUACUGGUCUUUUCUACAACUGUAUGCGUUGGACAAACACUCUUUUCAAUUGGCGUAUCGACAAAAUGUUUUGCGCUGAUGGUAUUCGGCAGGGUAUUAUUUGGUAUUGGCGGUGAAAGCAUCAGUGUGAUUCAAUCAACUAUUACUACAAGCUAUUUCAAGAAUAAAGAGCUGGCUAUUGCACUGGGAUUGAAUUUGUGCAUCUCCAGACUUGGUUCAGUAGUCAACUCGAUUCUUUCGCCACGGAUUGCAUUGGCUACUGACGCAAGCGUUGCUGUUUGGAUUGGAAGCGGCACAUGCUAUGUUUCACUACUUUGUGCAAUAAUUCUUUCAACUAUGAUUAGUGGUCAUCCGACUCUAGCGAAUAUUCCUACCAAUUCCUUGGAUGAAACACUUUGCACCUUGGAUGAACGCGCUCCAUUGCUGGCUUGCGUUUCCACUCAAGAGGAGCCUGCUAUUGAAAAUACCGUUGAUAGAUAUCAUGCUGACUGUCAUCUGGCAAGCUCAGAUGCAACACUAAGUGGUCAACUACCUUUUCAACCUGAGCCUACCAAAUCAUUCAUGCAGUUUAAUUUAAAAGGCUUAAACCAGCUACCGCUGUCUUUUUGGAUUCUCUGUAUCAUUUGCAUUCUUCUUUAUGGGACAGUUAUCCCAUUCAACAAUAUCGCAUCUGAUUUUUUCAUGUCAAAAUGGUAUCCAAAUGAUCCCGAAAAGGCAGGCAUUGUAAUGAGUAUUCCAGAUUCCAUGUCUGCCAUAUUAGUACCGAUUUUAGGUUAUUUUGUGGACCGAUACGGAGGCAGAGUAAUGAUGUUGAUGAGUUGCGCAGUGGUCAUUGUUGGAGUUCACCUUACUCUUGGAUUAAGCAUGAUCAAUCCCAUCUAUCCAAUGGUUUUUCUUGGAUGUAGUUAUUCGUUAUAUGGCGUUGCAAUUUGGCCAUCUGUCGCGACUGUGAUUCAACAUGAGGAGUGUAAACUGAAAGAUCAAAAUCCAGAUGCUGAACCACCAAGACUACUAGGUGCUGCAUUUGGUUUAUCUACGUCUGCACUGAAUGCUGCACUGACACUAGUUCCGCUUAUUGCUGCCCAAAUCCGUGUACAAGGUGGAUCUUACUUGCCAGUGGAGAUUUUUUUUGCUUCACUUGCUGCCAUAGGAGUAAUUUUUUGCCUAGUCCUGUAUGUCGUGGACUCUAAAAACGAUCGUGUUCUUCAACUUCCCGAGAUGAUGGCUAGUUCUACAAGUUUCGACUCUGAAAUAGUUUAUAAUACAGUUUCUAGAUGUGAUAGCGAUUGUAGCCAGAACUUGACUGAAGAAGAUGCGCCAUUUUCGGGAUUUUCAUAUCAAGAGUGCUCCUCAUCACAAGCAUCUUUAGAUUCAGCUGGACACUCUUACAAUGCAACUCGAAGUGUUUUAAACAAAUCUGCAUGCGCCAUUGAUUCGAUUUGUGUGUAUCCAUCUGAUAAACACAUCUUGCUAGAUGUUGAGUCACAGUCUCAAGACAAGAGUAGUACAGUAGAGUCUGUACAGCUGCCGCCCCAUUGCUCGUUUACUUCCUUGGGUGUCUCUUUAUCACCAACUCCAGCAGUUUCUAUACAGCCUUUGCUGGAUACCGGGUCUUCAGAAAUCAUUACAGAGAAAAGUCCUAGUAUAUCAGUAUGUCAAUCUGAUACUACAUCAACCAGUGAAUAUCGCGAAUCUUCCUCGUGGGCCAUUGCACAUACCAAUAGGAUAUUGGCACCUAAACCAUUGCUUGAUGCAUUAUCUGUUUCAAAUGACGAGUUGCUGUUGGACAUUUCUUUACACCAGAAAACCAACUUGUCCCACACUCAAGAUUCCUAUAAACCAUAUUCAACUGAGCUUCAAGUUCAUUCACAUGCUGCUACAACCGAAGCAAUGGCUCCCAGUCGAGUGGAAACUUGCUCCGUGAGUUCUAUUUAUCAAUUUCCAUGGGAUAGUCAACAGUUUUUGAUGAGCGCAUCUCAUACUUCUAUUUCCGAGAUUGAUGCUCAUCAGUCACCACGGCAGGCUUCGGUGCUGCUCCCAACAAAUCAGACGGCAACUUUUUUAGCACCACUUCCACGCUCUCUAUCGCAACUGGCUACUAUUAUUCCAUCUGACAGCAGCCAAAGUUUUAUAGGUGCAUUCUUUAUGAAUUCCAACCUCGCGGUACCAUUGCAUAGGAAAGAUCUGACAAAUGACGAGUUUGUGUCGCUCAGUGGUACCAAUUUGCGUGCAUCUACGACAUCUAUUGGUUCUAUGUUUCCAGUUCCAUCGCCUUUUGCAGUACGACAUCAGCCUUUUCAAGCACCAUCGAAUACUGCUAUAUCCGAUAUAGGGCUCGUACAAGGUUUUAAAUCUAGUUCUUUGGCUCGUGUAAAUGGAGAUGGCAGCGAUGAGCAUACAGGGUCUGAUGGUGCAUCGGAGCAGUCAGAUUUAUCUAUCGAGUAA